UCUCUCUCCAUGCUUUCAGUUCACACUCAGCUCUCCACUGCUUGGCAGAGAGGAUAGAUUGCCUUGCUCUCUGUCUGUCCUUUCCUCCUUCCCAUCCUUCUUGUUAAGAGUGUUUGGACGGUGGCUGCAUCGAUGCAAAAUGGGCUGUGGCAAUUCCUCAGUCACCAGCAACACAGGAGGGGGGCCGGCAGAAGCCUCAAAAGAUGUGACAGAAGAUCCAUCGGCAGAGGAUGAGAAAAGAAGGAACUAUGGGGGCGUAUAUGUAGGUCUGCCAGCUGACCUGACCACGGUGGCUGCAAGUCAGUCCAAGUCCACUCAUAAAGACUAGCAGCUACUGACUGGAAAUCAACACAGGAUGCUGCAUAUUCGUUCACCAAAAGACACACAUUCAGAGCAGAGAGCGUGUAAGUGCACACGUUCUGUGGCAUCACACUAGCAUGAGUCUCUGGCUUUAAUGCUCUCAGUGAGUGAGCGGCUCUCCUGAAACAUGGAUGGGACACUGGUGCAGGGAUGCACAUAUGCACAUGGCGUCCAUCAUCAUUGCAAAAAAACUGUUGAGGAAAAGUGAGCAUUGAAAACGGACAAGCACCCACCCUAUGACUGCCAGUAUGGGCAGAGGCUGCAUGUGCCGUGACGACCUUCUUGUCUUCUCGGUCACAACACAGGAAUGUUGUUGUUUUUUCUCAGAAGACUCAAUCACUCACUAAUUGUCUGGGACACAGGUUCCCAGUAGUCCUUAGCAGUAGUCCUGCAAUAAUAAUCACUGCUCAGUUAUUUCUCUAAAACACCAUGAAUGAUUCAUUGUGUGCUGGAGAGAGGCAGGACGGGAAAGAGACAGAGGGGAGAGACACACACGCACACAGGGAGAGCCAUCACAGCAAAACAGCAAACACAUUAGGUGAAUCAUAAAGCAUCACAGUGUUUGGGAAAUAACUUCAAUUAUGCUGCCACAGAACAGACUGACAGUCACCUUGGUCUAAACGCUGGUAACAGCAGGGGCUUAAAUUGGGGGAGUUUGUCUUCUGAAGCUCCCUGAUUAUGAAUGCAUGCAAGACCUAACUGUUUUUACCACAUAAAUUGUAUCCCAGACCGGUGAAAUAACAUCAACAUCAGCAUAUGACUCAUAAUAUUUUGAGGACCACCCCCUUUUUUGUAUGUGUGUUCCUUCCUCUUUCUUUUGCUCUCUCUGACUCUCUCUGUAGAAUGUUGUUGCUUUUUUCCCUUGAUGAACUCUGGCUCAACUGCUUCUGGGUAAUUCACACAGCUCUUAAAACUGUUCUCAAGAUACAAACAAGCAGGAUUUUUCCUACAUAUCUCACACAAUCAAUCUGCUCUCACGUGUCACAGCAAAAAUAUGUCUUUGAAUUAUCCCCAGCUGCAAAUAUGUGUACAAAAGAAACAGCAAGGAUAUAUUAUGUCUCUUUUUAGCCCCUGCCAUUAUUUUCUAAUAGGCUGUUUUAAUACAGUAUGUGUCAAACUGAAUGUUAGUCAUGCUAGAAUAAUGAUGCUGGUUUUAUCAUGUAUUCUUACUGCCAGCAAAUACCAUUUAAAACAGUAGAACCAGUUGUGUCUUAAAAAAAGAAGAAGCAAAAACAUAGAUCAAGAUUGAGACCUCAACAAUGUAUGAUUCUGUCUCUCAAUACAAACCACUGCUCUGUCUGUGGCAUACGAGGCAAAUGCUUAAAAACAGGUCACAUAUUUGCACUCUAGUUCUUAUCCGACCUCUCUCAAAAGUGUCGUCGUUGGGGACUGACUCCAGCCGCAGACUGGAUACAAAUGUGAGCUUUAUUGAGUAUUGAGCAGGAUGUAAAGAAGAAGCAUUCAAGAGUUAUCUAUGUCAUUAUUGUUCCUCAGUGCAAUACAGAAGAAUAUGAUAUACAGAAUACACAGACAGCAGUUAUUUUUAGUGUCAACUGAAUGUUAGCUUUGGAUACUACUUAUUUGAAUUUGUUCACAAUAUGAAGAAUAAAUGUAUCACCAGCCUCAUCCUUAAACAACACACACACACACACACACACACACACACACACACACACACACACACACAGCUGGAACAGUAGAGUCAUUUGUCAGCCUGACUCUGGACAGUUCUUCCCUCUAAUGAAUGUAACAGCUCCAUCAGGACCAGGACCCAAGAGAUGCUCUUUCCACACCACACAAAACACUUCAUACGUGUGUGUGUGUGUGUGUGUGCAGCCUUUAGUUUCUUGACUGACUGGCCACAUGAUGUACUUCUUCUCUUAGAGCAGAUCCUGACCUCCCUGUGGCCCUGCUAACUGCUGCUCCUACAUGAACCACAUAUAAAAUAUGAUUUGGCUGAAUAUUGGCUUACAGUCAGCUAGUUGCAACUUUUAGGGCCCGACACUUAAGGAGUAUAUUUGGACACCUGGUAGCGGGUUCAGCUUGAAACCGGCUGCGAUGCUUUCAAACAGUUACUAAAGGAUUUGUUAUCAUUGUUGGUGGGUUCACCUAUUGUAGAGACACAGAAUUGUUUUACAGCAUGUGCUCUGUAGUUUUGAUAGAGAUGCACUCCCUUUGUUUGAAAUGUCUACAUUUCCUUCCUGCGGCCGCUUCAAUAUUCCUUUGUUAAUCCAAACAAGAGACCUUUGGCUUUUAUGUCUCUCUCUAUUUUGUCAGCCUGUCUUUGCCCUUUAUGGAUGUUCCCCCAGAAUAUGAUGCAUGUCAUAGCCCUUGCCCUGUUCAAUUAGUCUAACAGAGAUAACAGGACAGGAUGUGGAUGAAGAACACAGUCUGAAGUGAAGUCACGACUGGUACAUUGUGGAAUAGAUGUAAAGCUGUGUGGCAUAGUCUGUUGUUUGAAUGUGGUAAGCAGGGGGACGGGCUUGGGAAUUAAGAUACUGUGAAUAGAAUAGGAAUACUUUCAUAUGUGUGCACAGUAAACGUGACGGUACUGCCAGUAGUCAGUUGUCUUAUGUCUUAAAGACCAGAGACACACGCAAACUCUGGCUCUGUCUAAACAUGUCUAACCAUAACCAAUCAUCACAUCAUGCAACGCAGUUGUGGUGUGAAAAUUGUUAUUUUACACCAUGUUUUUGUACAGCAGUGUUAUUUGGUGAGCUGCAUGGGCAGGGAUAUCUUUUUUACCUUUUGACUGGCUCAUGCUCGCUGUUCCCCAGUCUUAACUGGGUGCUGAUUGUAGCUUAAUCAGCUCAAUCCAUUCAUCUAACCCUAAGCUAAAUAAUUGCAUUGCAUUGUUUGGAAAUAUAAGAUUGUGUAGGCUUUGUACAUUGAUGCUAAAAAAACAAAACGUUUGACGUCAGUGCAGUUUUAUUUAUUUACAUAUGUAUUAACACACUGCAAAAAAAGCUGUUGGAGGAAGAUUCAAGAUACCCACAUGUUUUGAGUCUCGACGCAUAAGCGGCUUAUCCAGGAUCACGUGGUUCAAUUACUUAUGAGUGAAAUCUUUUAUAUUGUAUGUAUGAGCACUGUGGCUAUUGAUUGUAGCCUUUGUUGAAAUGUAUUUGUCUUACAUAAUCAAUAACUUGAUCGCAACACCAACACUGAGCGUUCCCAGCGAGUGUUUUAGGGUGACUACUAACAAAAUCAAGUAAGGAUUGCUCAGGUGAACAUUUGUCACUGAACUUAAGGCUCGUGUCCAGCAGCUGCCUGCAACAUGAUCAAUCACAGCUCCGUCUCAGUAAUCCACUGCGUGGGGAGUUCAUGGUGGCAGAGGAUGGAGAAGCCGGUUGAGUUAACGCCUCUCCAUCUUUCAUCACAGGAAGAAUAAUCCCACAUCCAAUUAUCUAGCAGGUACAGUGAGGAUACUGAAAAAAAAUAUAUAUAUAAGCUGCCCAUGUCAAAACAGCUUCACUAAUAAGUCACCAAGGAACAGAUAACUGUAUAUGAUGUAGACUUAUCAUCAAAUCCAAGCCCAUAGAGUUAAAAAAAUUAUUCUGGAUUAUUCUGUGCAUGAGCCUUGCAGAAUGAGACAGGGUUAGGGUUUUGACAGUGUCCCAGUAUUUGAGACACAAGUUCAUGGAAAAUGUGUUGGUUAUUGUUCAGUUUGCUGGAUGUAGCUGUGAGCUAAGCAUUCUUACAUGUACAGUAUCUGUAUCAGUACAAUGAGAAGUUUCAUUGAUCGUACUGUAUGUUGUCAUGAAACCUCUGUAUGUGACAUCUGAGAAACUCCGCUUUAAUAAAAAUGGUUGAAUAAAA